AUGACCGGACUGACUGACUGGUGACCUGCUGCUGCUGCGGUUCUCGGUGGGAGGGGAGCGGUGAGUCGGGUGUUCAGACCCGGCAGACGGUGUGAUCUCAGCGGGCAGGAUGCCAUGUGGAUGCGGGCUGCUGUCCUGCAGGAUGCGGGAUUCCACCGCCGCCUCCGAGCCGCUGAUGAUCACCGACAGGCCGUGGAGGGAGAGCUGAGAGCCGGGAGACAGUCUGAGGACUUUCCGCGGUCUUCGGUGCUCUCAGCCGGGGCUUGGAGCCGCCGUCAGCCGCUCUCCUCCGCGUCCCUCCGCCGCAGCUCUGACGGUGGCUGGCCGCCGGGUCCCAGGGCCCCGGUCCUCUGUCUCCCCGCCGGUUCAGCAUCUGGACCCAGACCAGGUUUGAGUCAGGAGGGCAUAUUUUCAGAAGAGGACGCUGGGACAGUUUCUUUUCAUUUAAUUCAUGACUGUCUUCUUAUGUGACAUUAUAUUAAAAAUGUGAUUUUAGGAGUAAACUGUGUGUGAGCGGCUUUGGCUGGUGUUUUAGCCGCUGUCUCUGGUUUCAUCCUCCGCCUUUGUCCUCAUGUUUUCCCCCGGAGUUCCUCCCCCUGCGGCGCUGGGCGGAGUUUCAUACCGGACUAGACGCUCCUUUUGUCGGAUUCGUUUCGACCUGACUCCCCGGGGUUUACGGCUGAAAAAAACCCACUUGGAAAGUCCCAAAAUAAUCCAAACGACCACAGUGGUGUGCAGUAUUAACCCGGGUUUCUGUCUGAAUCGGAAGGUGAGUAUUUGGUCGUGAUUUUAAACAGAUUUCUUGGGUUUUCUGGUCGUUUGUCCCCGAGUCACCAGAACAUUCAUGGCGGCUUCGCAGUGAAGGCUUCUGGGGCAGCAGCGAGUCAGCCAGCCCGCUCAGCCCCGAAAACUGUUCAAGACAGACAAUUUAAGACAAAUAAUCCACAACAGGCGGAUGAUUAACCACGUAACUCCAUUAUUUUGACACCAACAGCCAUUUUUCGACGUUUAUUUGGUCAUUUUAACAUUUUGGUGAAAUGAUGCGUUAAUCUGCUGCUGCACGUGUCAAACGGCGCCUUUUCUCCGUGUUAAAAUGAGAUUUUUCGGUUUUAUUUCGACUCUCUCUUCUCUAUUUUUAACUCUCUUUACACAUUAACCUCUACGGUUCGUGUUAGCUUGUGUCUCGAGCAGCUCGUUGCGUGCCAGCGGAAGCUACGUGGUGACUCCUGCCGGAGGACGGGCGCCAUUACCGGGGCAGCUGGAGCGCGGCGGCCCGCUGCGUGCGGUGACCGUUACUCACGCGCACAGAUCCGAUCAGAAACGUGUGAAAUCUCCCGGGAGACAAACGUCGAUUUUUAACGUUAAAACCAUAAAUGUUCAAGUGCUGUCAGGUUUUUACUCCUGCUCAGUUAAUUUUAUCAAACUACUGACUUUAGUGGACGCAGGGGCACGGCUACAGGGGCAGUUUGGGGUGGCAGGGGCUCCUCUAAAAUCUGGGCCACCCCCGGUUCAACCCCCAAAACCUAAACUACCAUUGGCUGUUUUUGCUGUCAGAGGCGGGGCUUGUGUUUUCUGUACUUAUUUUCGAUGUGCCCUCUCGCUCUCAGUGUUUAGAACAAACAUAAGUGAGUUUUAGGGCCAAAAAAACAUCUUCACAUUUGGACUGGAGACAACCUUAACUUGGUAGAACUAAAUUCCUGACACCACAAGUGCUUCAUCAUGUCAGCUGUGUUCCUCUGAGGUGAUCUUGGCUGCAAAUCUAACAGUAGACAGGAAUGAAGGUCGAUGGUCCACUCUUUAUAGAGACGUUACUUUGAGUUAUAGAGGAAAACACCUGUCUGAUACUUCAGGAGAGUCAAACCCUGAUCUCCCCUCUGUGUGGGCAUGCUCUCAUAUCAACUAUUAUAAUUAUUAUCAUCAUUAUUAUGAUACCCCUGUGUGGUUUGGAGGGUCUGGUCUCAGCCCUGUCAUGGACUGAGUCAGACUCUCUGUCCUCAGUGUUUUAUUCUGGGAGACUCUCUGUUGGACCCGGGGCCAGGUUUAAAUUUAACCCGUCUGUGCUCAAAUCUGAGCUGCAUUAAAUCUCUGACCUCCUUCAUGAAGAGAUGAUCUGAAAUAGAAACAUGAAGCUUUAAAACGAAAGUUUGGCCACAGUUAAUCUAAAGUGACAGAUUUUUGAAUGGAGUUUGGUGCUGCAUGUCCUCUGACUGACCUGUUGGGGGGUCAAAGGUCAGCUGGUCUCAGGUCUGUUUGCAGAGCAGUGUUGGUCCUGUUUGAACCUGAGCCCUCCUGGACUCUGUUCUGAUGUUGAUAUUUAAGAGUAAAUGAAUCAUGGAUGACUUAGCAGUGAACGACACCCAGACCUGAAGUCUCAACUCUCCAAUAAGUGGGGCGCCCCCCUGUGGACAAACUGAUCCCUCUGAUCUCAGUGCUGCUCUGCUCCUGUAUAAGGCUAAGUUAUAAUUCUGUCCUGCUCCAUUUCACAUUUAUAACUCAGUGA